CUGGGUGUUGGAUUUCUAUUAUGGUUCGGGCUUCCAGCUGGUCUGCGUCACUAAGAAGGAUCUUGACAUUGUGCCCUGAUCUCUCUGCCUUUGGACAACACCCAACCAACAGAGUCCAAUAUAAAGUGUGUGUUGACAGAGAAAAGGAGGAAGUGCCAGGACGAGGGAUGCAAACCCACUGAAGGCCCCAAAUGAGCAGCUCCUGUGGAAUGCAGUGCAUGUUCAAAUAUUGCAAGCAAGCAAGCAAGCCUUUGAUGGUAUCAAUAUAUUGGCCGCGAUUGAUCCAGACAGCGCAGCCGAUGACAGUUAUUGGUCUCAUGCAAGAUGGCGAUGAAGAUCCCACCGUCAACAAAACAGACAAACCUCACAUGCUACCUGAUUCCACUCCGGCGCACGUCGAGAAUCCAAUAGGAUCCAGCGGCGAACCACUUCCUGGACCCAGCGGCGAACCAGCAAGAAAGAAGGCUAGAAAAACAAAUCGUCCCACCUCGCCGGUCAGUCCUGGACCAGGCGGCGAACCACCAAGAAAGACUUAUCGUUUUACAGUGGUGGUCCGACCUGAACCGAAUGGCGAACUACCAAGAAAGGCUUAUCGUUUUACCCGGGCGACCAGUCCUGAGACUGUGCUGUUUUAUGCAGACUGGAGUAGAAGCCAUAAGGAUGACGUGACCACCUGGGGCACGUCUCAAAUCGAUGCUUGGGACCAGAGUUCUUGGACGAGCGAGCGUGACAAGGUGUCAACCACCAAUGUGGGUCAAACACCAUAUCCUUCUCACUCACCGUCGUCGGAAGAAGUAGAAGUGGAAGAAGUGCUGGCGCCUCAGCCGGUUGAUGAACCAUUUGAUGAUCUGCCUCCGACUCAUAGGUCCAUUAAUUCGAUAGAAUCAUUUGGUCAAGAGUUUUGCGAUGCACAGGUUGACAUAAACAACAAAUACAUUGAACUCUGUGACGUACAAGAUGAUAUUAACAACAAAUUGAUUGUGUUGGGCAAUGAGUCUUGUGACAGACAAAUCGAAACCCAUAGCAGAUUAGACGCAUUGCACAGCGAGCUCCGUACCUAUCACCUCCAGACACGCAGUCGAUUCGAUGCACAGGAUCGCUUUAUUCAGGAUCUGACCAAUGAAAUAUUCCGUCGCGUCAAUGCUAUGAGAUCAACGAUUAAACAGCAGUUUGAUAGAAAUUAUCAUAUUGUGAGUCAAUACCAUCAGAAAUAUGUGCUCAUUUUGCAUCACCUUAUUUUCACCAUCAUAGAUGAGACAACGGAGUAAAAUUCAAUAUAGAUUUAUUCAGAGUAAUUCUUAUAUAGCACGUUCUUGUAAU